GGAGCAAAGGGAACUGGUUUGGGUGCAAUAUCCUCAAGGUCUCUUACCUAUUUAAAUAUCUGGGCUGUUAAAUAGUCACUCUUCAAUGCGUUUCACCUCUGCAGCACUUGAAAGUGGAUUCUGAUGGGAGUAGGUGGGAAUAUCUGUUAAAUUUCAGAGACUCAAGUGUCAGAAACUCCAUUAGUUCCAUUGGAUGGUAUUUGAACUGCUUCCUAUAACUGUGUGUGGAUCUGACAUGUUAAUCAUUUCUGAAGGGGGGGCAAACAUCAAACAUGUUUGCAGUGGGUAGACAAAGAGGUGCAAGUCCAUUUAGUCUAACUCACAAUUGAGAGUUAGAGAGAACAUUUGAAUCGCGGAUCUUAUUGGUUUUUCUACAUGGUUACUGUUACUAUCUAGAUUUUUAAUAUUCGAGCAAACCCCUCCUUGAUGAACCUGGUGCUAGUACAGCUGGAUUUAUUUUUUCUGGGUACAGGUUUGGGAACAAAGAGACAGUAAUGUGGGACUUAUUUCUUUGCCUGAUACCUUCUCUGAUGUUGGUCCUAUUGACUGUUCUUCUACAAAAUAACUGGAUUCUUUAUCAUGCCGAAGGUGCUGUUAAACUGUUGGGUUGCUGUAUGUGGAUUAUAACCUGUAGACUUCUAAAACUCCAUUAUCCUGCAAUAUCCGCAUCAGGCAAGGAGCCACAACUGAUUUGCAAACCCACGGCACUUGCCAACCACCUGAAGAAGCACUGUUCUGCUUUAGCCCAGCCUCCACUGGCAAGAUGGCCUCAGUCUGACCCUCACUUUCAGAUAAUCACCAAUUUCAUGUGGCCCAACACUGAAAGUGUUGAACUGCAAAGAGGAAUCCGUUUUACAAGGGAACACCUUCUUCUCCAGGAUGGCGGUAUUGUGGCCCUGGACUGGGCUGUUGGUCUUAUGAACCAACAAGAUCAGCGCAAGAAAGAGUUUCAUCCUGGAGGAAAAGUUCUAGGCCUCCACACUAGCAAUCGAGCUAUUAUUAUCUUGAUUCCCAACGCUCUGGGCCGAGUGACGCCACAUUUGCUCAAGUUGUGCUACGAGGCUUUGCAACAGGGUUUCUACCCAGUUGUGUUCAAUCGUCGUGGUCAUGGUGAUUGCCCUCUUACUACUCCUCGUUACCAGGAGUUUGGAGAUCCCUCAGACCUAAUGCAGGCUGUAGUAUAUUUGCGGAGUCACCACCCAUCUUCAACACUUUUUGCAGUAAGUGAGGGCUCAGGAUCAGGCUUGCUGCUGUCAUAUCUGGGGGAACGUGGUUCAUCAUCCUACCUGAUGGCUGCGGCUUGCAUCUCUCCGGUGUUUCAUGGGCAACUAUGGUUCGAGUGCAAACUUCCUUGGCUGUAUCACUGGAUGGCCCUUAUCUACCGCAAGUUUCAAAUAAACAGGUAUGCCACUGCAUUGAGCUCUGUGAUGGAUGUUGCUAAAAUUUUAUGCUGCAAGUCCCUGCGAGAUAUGGAGGAAUUCAUGUUCUGUAGUGUUAAGCAGCAAGAUGACAAAAUGUCAGAAUCCAUGAACCACAUCAGAAAGGACAAUUCAAGGUUAUCAAUGAAGCCUGACUGGUUAGGUUACUGGGAGAGGAAUGAACCAUUGCGAGAUGCAGAUGAAGUGGCAGUCCCGAUACUCUGUCUGUGCAGCAAAGAUGAUCCCCUUCUGCCACCUCUUUCCACUUUAUCCGAGACACUUUUUCACAAUAGCCCUUACUUCCUGCUGGUCCAGACGGAGCAGGGAGGCCACUGCGGCUUUAUGCAUGAGGAUGAACAUGAAACUACUACUUCUUGGAGCCAUUCUUUAGUGCUAGAAUAUUUUCGUGUUGUGGCCGAUUUCUUUGCGUUGGAGGAGAAGAAGAAAGUGUUCAAGGAUGAUGCGCAGUGCUGCGGCCAUGGCCUCAGGCAUAGCGCCAGUUUUGUGCUGCCUAAAAGAAGGUCAACCUUGCUACGCAAGGAAAGGCCAGUUUUAAGUUCACGUAGACGUCAGACCUCAACUCCAUCUGAUACAUUUACACUGGAAGAGCGAGAGGAUUUUACUUGGAAUAGGUCCUACACUCGCUGAGUGAGGGGAGCAGGUGGUGUGCUAGAAGCACAGUGGAUUGACUUACUACAGCACAGAGCCUGUGAGGUUGUCAGUGGCGGUUCUAGACAAAUUUCACUAGGGGGGCCAAGGAGGGGCCAGUGUUUUACCAGAGGGGCACAUAAAAAAACGGCAAGAAAUUAUAUUUAAAGAUUAUAGGGGCGGUCACAGGAAUUAGUUUAAGACAGGACUAGGCCUUAGUUUAAUUAAGAAAUAUAACUAGUGUUAACAAACAUGCCUUACUAAAUACAUUACUUGUGUGCAUUUUGAAGCAAAACAAAGAGCACUGGUGUAUUUUAAAAUAUGGCAUUGCAAAUUGUUUUCAGUUUGGACAGCUCUUACAUUUAUUUUAGUCUAGGACUAGUCUAAUCCCUUUCCGGGAAACUGCCCCAUAAACUUUAUUUUACUUAACAAUCAUAUAAAUCUUUAUUUAAUACAAGAGUGCAGGUGCAAAAGGGGAGCUUGGCUCUUUUCUAAACCCCCAACCGAAAAUCAUGCGAGCCUACUCAAUAAACUUUAUGAAAUGCAAACUUUUAUAAAGACAAACGUUUGUUUUAGUUUACAUAUAAACACACAUUGCUAGACAUUUAGGGACCACAAUCUAAUCAGUAUUUAAAAUAGUAUUUAUUUUAAAUUGUAAACAUUUUUAUAUGACACAUUUAAUUAUAUUCCUCCAAUUUUAUGCACGUAUAUGUAUGAGCAUAAUUACAGCGCUUUUUACAAUGUCUAAACUUUAAAAAGUUAGGGAAAUGUUGGUUUUGCCGGUUGUUGAUGAGUAACAGCUGUGAAUGAUCACCGCGCUUAAGCAGCCACGUCACAGGAGAACAAGUGAACAAUGUCCCAAUGUCAAGUGAGCUAGAGUCCUUACCAGUGCCCAAACUUCCAUACACAUUCUCAACAUCUGAAAAUUGGGAACGAAUUGAGACACUCGCCGAGCAGCACCCGCAGCCGUCUACAGUGAUUGGGUGCGCCGCUUUAAUUUGCCCGUU